AUGAGGCAAAUGUUAUCUAUAAAGUUGAAGUCCUCCAAUAGGUUGUGUAAUAAGUCUAUCCCUCUCCUUUUGCUUAUAUCCUUCGGGAUGUUGAUCAGUGUGACUGAAAUUCAGACGAGCUGCAAGGCAGAUGAUAGUCCAGGGUUCUUCUUGAAAAUUACCAAAAAUGUUCCUCGCUUGGGACGACGCUCGGACAAGGAAUUUGUGCAAGGAUUUUGGAAAAAUUAUAAGGCCAUACCACGCAUAGGAAGAAGUGUGGAAAAUCAACAGGAUGUGGACCCCUUAGCCAAUUGGCUGCAAACACAGUCUCCAAAAAUUCCUAGUAAACGAGUUCUACUGAAUCCCCACUUAAGUCGUUUGGCCACGGAAAAUGAGUUAAGUGUAGUACAACCGGUUAAUUCGAAUACCUUAAGAGAACUGCUGAACAAAAAUGCCAUACCACGGGAUAAUGUGAAGUUUGUCCAUUGGAAAGAUUUCGAUCGUGCUUUACAAUUGGAUAUGGAGCUGUAUGGCAAAGUUAGUUCUUUGGGUCUCAAACCAGAUCAGCUACUAAAGCAGGACAUCUCCGGAGGCAGUUAUAUACCGUUGAUGGAAAAUGGUAUAGAUGCUGAUGGCACAGAUUUUGCUCUCUACACCCGAGAAGGAGGUUUGGAAGGUCCAUAUGCUUCUGACUUUCUACGCUAUAAUAGUGUUUAG